AUGCUUUCGGAUUCGGAUGCACUUCCCUUUGCCCAGCACUACUUCGUCAGCGCGGCCCAAGGGGACCGCGAUUGUGGGUCGGGGGAAGUUGCAUCAUCUCCAUACUCAGCAGUGGGCUUUUCUUCAGUGUCUCAAUUUUUGGAUGAAGAUCAAUCUCAGAAUUUCGUCUGUGUUGCACAGAAUUGGGACUGUGUAGAUUUUGACGAGCUUUCAGGUCACGAUAGACCUUAUCCUUGCGGUGAAGCGUUGAAUCCAGGGCCAAGCCUGAGUAUCAAUUUUGCCAACCCCACUGGACUUAAUGGGAAAGAGCAUGUGGUUUAUGCUUUGCCCUCCGGAAUCACAUGUUUGGCUGAGACACAUUUGGCGACACCAGGCAUGACACAGUCUUGUGGCAUUCUUCGAUCAUUGGCCUUGCGAGAUAAUCGACCCUUGCGUUUGUUGCCUGGGGCUGCUGUCCCACUGCGAGCCAGGAGCAACUUUGUAGGUAAGUGGGCUGGGGUGUUUCAGAUGUCCGACUUGCCAUGUCACAGGUUGCAGUUGAAUUGGCCGCAGGAUGAGUACAACCUAGGCAGGGUCCAAACGGCUUCAUUCCGCAUGAAUGACAUCACCAUCCAAGGCACAGUUUUGUACGGUUGGUCACCAGGGCCUACAUGGCCGAAAGCACAUGCGGCCACACGUGCCAUGUUGCAACAUCUUACCGAAGAACUGGUGGUUGGCUCGAAAGGGCUUCGCUACAUUGCUGGUGAUUUUAAUGGGGAUGCUUCACACUUCCCGGAGUGGGAGAUAUGGUCAAGAGCAGGGUGGCAUGAGGUUCAGUCACUACAUGCACUUCGCACAGGUGAGGGUCCUUUUCCAACAUGCAAAGGUCGCACACAGCCUGAUUGCAUCUGGAUAUCCCCUGAACUUGCUUGUCACUUCCGCAGUUGUAGCAUUUAUGACUCAUUUGCUGACCAUGCAGCGAUCUCAGCCAGUUUUGAUUUGCAACUUGAGGAUGCCACUUAUCCCUGGUGGCCUAUGCCAUCCAAAUUGCCUUGGACUUCGAUCGAUCUUCCGGCUUGGUGGCACUCUGCCCCUGAGCACUGUUUGUUUUCCUACGAAGCUUCCACAACAGAGUUUCUUGCGAGUUUUGGUCGUGCUUAUGAGGACAGCCUUCGACCAUUUUUCGUGCCAGACCCACACUCAGGUCUUCCAUCCGCAAGCAAGGGACGAGGGCAAACCUUGGAGCCCAAGCAGAGAGUCCAACAACUUCCCACCGUGAAGCCAUCACGGGCGGGAGAAGAAACCCUCCGCAGUGACUUAGUUGGCAGAUCGGUUCAACGUUGGUUCACUCAGUUGCGAAGGUUACAGUCACUGCUGCACAACAUUCGUCGUGAUAGCACGGCUCCAGGUGCUAUAGCUUAUCGAUUGCAGCUCUGGCAGGCAAUCAAAUCUGCGCGUGGGUUUGCGGGCACCUUUGCAGCUUGGUGGGCAGUUCGUCCACACAAGAGUCCCGGAUCACCGUUGCUGCUUCCUUCGUCGCUGCCUGAUCUUUUCACCUUAGAAUUGCUAUACUUGGAUUUCCAGCACAACUUUCGUUCCUUUGAGUCAUGGAAUUUGCAGCAGCGUCGCAAGACACUGCAACACGUCCUACGGGAAGACUCGAAAAGGGCAUUCCAAUCAGUUAAAGGGGCUAUCAAACCAGCCCCAGAUCGUUUUGUGGAAUCCAGUAGCGCUAUAGUAGUUGCGGCAGAUGCUCCCUCUAAUCAAGUCGAAGUGGAACAGGACUUUCCACAGGCCACUCAAUCCAUUUGGACUUUAGAUGGUGCACCUGCACAAGUUCGUCAGUUGGACACCUGCUUGUACGAGGUCUCGGCUGAACUUUCUGUGGAGGCAGGACAAGAGUUGGAGCAACAUAUCCAAAUCACCCGCACAGAUGAAAUGUUUGACAAACUGAAACAGUUUUGGGAGCCUCGUUGGUCCAAGCGUUUGACCCUCUCUGCUAGUCAUUGGGAUCGUUUGCUUGCGUUUGUCCAGACUCACAUGACUCCUGCGGUGUUUGACUUUCCUCCAAUCACCUUGUCAAUGUGGGAUCAUAUAAAUCAUCGGUACUCUGCAACUGCAGCCCGUGGACCCGAUGGAUUUGACCAUUUGGACUUACUCCAUAUGCCGGUUGGGUUUCAACAUAGUUUGCUUUCCCUUUUGUCAGGCAUUGAAUCAGGACAGCCUUGGCCCAAACAACUUCAGCUAGGUUUUUGCCACCCGUUACCCAAGAGACCUGAUGCCACCACCGUGCAGGAUCACCGGCCCAUCGUGAUCCUUUCGGUUUUAUAUCGGAGUUGGUCGGCAUUGCGUGCUCGUCCGCUUUUAGCUCAACUGAAACACCUGGUGGGCCCUGGGGUCAUUGGAUUUAUGCCGGGCCGUGAGGCGGGCGAAGUGUGGCAUUAUGUCCAGACAUUGAUUGAAUGGGCACUGCAAUCUGGCCAACAGCUGCACGGGGUUGUCUCUGAUGUCCGUAAGGCUUUUGAAUCAAUUCCCCGGACCCCUUUGUUUGCGGUUAUGUCCCUUCUUGGAUUUCCUGCUCCACUUUUGUCGGCUUGGUCUCGUUUUUUGGAUGGACUCGAACGUCGGUUUUUGCUGAGAGACCAAAUUGGAGACAUGAUUCCAAGCAAUUGGGGACUUCCAGAAGGUUGUAGUCUGUCCGUACUUGGCAUGACUGUCAUUGACUGGGUUUUUGAUGAGUACCAACGAGCCUUCACCAGUACUUUGCCCCUCACAUAUGUUGACAACUUUGAGUUGCUGUCUGCGGAACUUGGAAGUCUCAUGACUGGAUAUGCAUCCAUGGAAGCUUUUAUGGACUUGUGGACUUUGGAACUUGACGGCCCCAAAACCUUUUUCUGGUCUACCAACGGGACUGCCAGAUCUACUUUGCGCAGACUUGGCAAGCAUGUUGUCUUGGAGUCUCCGGACUUGGGGGGAGCCAUGACCUAUUGCCGUCGUACUGGGAUAGGCUCUCAAAAGACCAGGUUUGAAUCUUUAGAACCCAUGUGGCCACGCCUUCGACGUUCACUUGCUCCGUUGUCCAUCAAGCAGUUUCUCUUGCGUCAGGCCUUUUGGCCAAAAGCCUUUCACGCCAUUGGAAUUACUCUCCUUCCGUUCAAGUGGAUUUCUUCCCUUCGCACUCGUGCUGUCAGGGCGUUAGGUUUCGGGCAGGCGGGGGCUAAUCCAGGUGUCAGACUUGCUCUGUUGAGCUCAGCUUACACCACUGAUCCAGGUUUUUUCCAGGCUGAACGGGUUGUGCAUGACUUCCGACGUUUUCUGGCGAAAGAUCCAUCGCAACUGCAUUUCUGGAAAGCUUUCAUGGAUACCUACACAGGCACUCAGCUUUCUGGACCUUGCUGCAAGUUGCUGGAAAUUUUCGAACAGUUAGGUUGGUAUGUGCAAUCACCACCUUGGAUUCUGGAUCAUGAUGGAUGUCCAUUUGACUUUUUGCAUAUGUCUUCAGGGGCUUUGCAAUCAGUGCUUGAGGAUGCAUGGACCCAAAGGCUAGGAACAGAAUUGGCUGGACGGAAUGAUUUUACGGGGUUGGUGGGUCUUCAUUGGCCACCUAGUCGACAUGAACAGCGGUUGACAGCUCUGGAGAAUGCAUGCGUCAACUCCUUGCGGGAAGGCGCUUUUCUGACCAACCAUGCCCAGAGCAAGUUCGACUUGAUUAAGGGGGACCUCUGCAAAUUCUGCAGACAGGUUGAUACCAUAGAACACCGCUGUUUGGAUUGUCCGGCGCUGGCAACAGCGCGACAAGGUCAUGAAGAAGCACAACAGCUUUGGCAUAUACUUCCUCAGUCAUUGACACAUCACUUGAUGCUGAGCCGAAAUCCGUAUCAUGCGGAGCGGAAGAGGGUGUUACUGCAACUGGAGGAACAUGUGGGCCCCUUUGAAUAUGUGGACACCACAUUGGAUGCACGUGUUGACAUUUUCACUGAUGGUAGCUGUGAGUACCCAGAGACACCACCACUUUCACUAGCGGCAUGGGCUCUGGUGUCAGCCACACAUGAACGGGUCCUCCUCAGUGGACCUUUACCUGGCUUUCAUCAAUCUAUCAACCGUGCGGAGCUUUUUGCCAUCUACAUGGCAGUGCAAUGGGCAUGGCAGACCCGCCAUCCAAUCACCAUUUGGACGGACAGCGCCUACGCUGCUCAUGGCUUGCACUGCAUUAUUUCUGACCCACGGAGUUUUGAGCCUGCAUCUAAUGAGGAUUUGUGGCAACAGAUCAGCGAACUUUUGGACAUGAUGGACCUGGGUUACAUCCAGGUGCAGCACGUCAAUAGUCAUCUGUCCACGGAACAUGCUCUGAGUCCGCUUGACGAGUGGAUCGUGAAAUGGAAUCAGGUUGCAGAUACAAAUGCCAGCCUGGCAAAUCGUUCUCGACCGAGAUGGUGCACGGAAGUAUGCGACAGACAUCGAGAAGCCUUUCUGGAGUCAGAAAGCCAUGUGGACUUGUUGCGGAGUCUUCACCUCGACGUCGCACUGCACCGACAGGCUUUGUUGAAAGUACAUGGAGAAGAAGAAGUGGAAGAUGAAGAGGAAACCAUCCUUCAAACCAGAAAUUGGGUCCAAAUUGACGACUGGCUGGAUGCGUUACCACUGGGGUGGCUGACCAAAUGGCCCUCUUUGGUGGGGGCGCAGCAAUUUGCCAUUCCAGUUGUGAAAGCUUUGCUGGAUCUGUUGAUGAACGAACGUGAGAGAUCUGAGGGAGCAGUUUAUCUUUCAUGGCUGGAAAUCGCAGUCAUGUGUUACCAGGACACCAUGGGCAAGUCACGGUUACUCGAACCUGCGCGGCCGCACUGCCUUUGCUGUGCGCCGAGCAUUGCAAGCAUGUCCGAUGUUCCAGUUGCUGCUGAGCUGCUGAAGAGAAAUGCGAAAUCGACGGCCGCCCGUGUCGCAACGGCAAGGAGCGAAUCGCCGAUUCGAGUUUCGACCUGA